UUCGCCAGAUGAGAAGAUAUCGAACAGUUUUGGCCAUCAAACACUUCAUAGAGGCAUUGGAUGACCCCGCCAAAUGGAGCGGCUUGACUUGGCACGAUAUAUUUGACACCGCAAAUGAGGUAGAGAAAACAUGGUCGCCUUGAUGAACUGGAAUGCAUGGCUUUGGGUGGUUUGAGAAGCUUGAAAGAUGCACCUUGUCAAAUUAUACAGAUAUGCUUCGCAAUGCAGACUUCAUUGAUGAAACUACUUUUGACGAAAUUGUAAUCAUUUCACUCGGAGAGAUAAGUAGUUGCAGCACAUCUAUGGAAGCAAUCUGGAG